AUAAUGAAUACUAUUUUUUACUUAACAGGGAAAUUAUCAAAAAGUUAUAAGUUUUCUUAGAAUAAAAUAUAUACUUGUUCUUAUUAUUUUAUAAUUUUUUUUUAAUUUAAUAGAAAAAAAUGUAUUAUUUUUAUAGCUCUGUAUUUUUUUUAAUAACUUUAGCUGUGCGUAAUCAAUGUAGUACACAUGCUAUCCAGGAAGAAUCUUCAAAGGGGUCUGUUUUAUUUAUCAAACAUUUGAACAAAAUACCAACAUGGGAAGAUGAACACUUACAAUUUUCAGAUGAUGAAAUAAAAGAAUUACUCCUUGAUGUUGAUAGAAAUAAUAAUGAAAAGUAUGUUGGCAAAGUAAAGGCAUUAAAAUGCAUUUACGGCUAUGCUGUUCAAAAUAUUCUAUCGAAUCUAGUAAUGUUUCCGACUACAGAAAAAGAUAGUUUUGAAGAUUCCGAGGAAAGUAGUCAAAGUAAAAGUGAAAUGCCCGGUAAGAAGAAAAAAAAAAGAGUUACAUUUUGUAGAGAAGCAAAAUUAAUUACAAUAGUAGAUAAUGAUAGAAAAUCUAUAACUGAUAUAUUAAAAGAGACACCUGAAGAUCUAACCAGUAAAUAUGGACAAAACAUACGAAUGGAAAGCUUCAGUGAUAUAGCUAGAAAGAAUAAUAAAAGUAAAAUGUUUAUAGUAGACACACUACGAUCAAAAGACCUGAGUUCUAAAAUCUUGGAUAGAUAUGUAAAAUAUCUUCGUAGCUACAAAAAAUCUGUAGGUCGAAUGUUAUCAGUGAUGAAAAGUGCCAACGAGAAGUCAGCCUAUUGGUUAUGGUUAGUUUUUAUCAAGUUGUGCGCACUUGAAAAAAAUUUUAUGCAUCUAGGCGAAUUUUAUCAAUUCCCCCACCAAAUACGUCAGUCCAUCGAUAACUUAGUUCAAGAAUGUCAAAAAAACCGAUAUUUGGAACAACUUCAUCCGAACAAAAUAAGCGUGUCCAGAAGCGAGUUGUAUAGAAGUGUAAAUCAAUCUUUUAGUUUUUUAAAAAAAUUGAAACUUGAAUCUGAAGAAGAAGAAGAAGGAAAAAUAAAAAAAGAAAACGAUCUAAUAGAGCUGUUCAAAUAUGAGCAUAAGUUUGAAAUAUUUGAUUUAAUAUGGCACAAUAAAAUAGGGUCCAAUAUUUUUCCCGAUAUUGACGUAAUAAAUUGGAAUAUAAUUGAUAGUACGAUGUUAAUGACUAAAUCGACUGUUCGUACAUUAUGGAAAAAAGAUCCAAACACCGUUUUCGAUUAUUAUGAUAUAGUAUCCGAUGUCAUUAAGGUUACACUGUUGUAUUAUUCUUUAAAACAUUUUAUAACCUUUAAAACAAAUCGCUGCUCUUUUGAAACCUGGCUAAAAAUAAUAACGUCAAAGAAAUCAUUUGAAAAGCUUCAAUGGUAUUUAACAUCGCCUUUGAGUACAGUGAAAAAAAUAGUAAAUUUCCUUGAUAUACAGGAAGAUUCAAUAUAUACAGAAAUUAUUAAAUAUAUGCAAGAGGAACCAGAUCGUGCGAAACUAAAACACCUAAUUAAAGAAAUUUCGGAACAGCUUCAAGUUACUUUAUCUGAGUACCAAGCAUAUGAUGGUAUAAUAUUAACUACUCUACAAGAUCAAGAAUCGAUUAAUAUUUUCGAUUCAGACGAAUGCGAGUGCUCGAUCGUCUUAACUAAUUAUUACAAUACAUUAAUUAGUAUUUUUGAAUCAUUCAAUUUUUAUGAAAUUAAUCAACUUAGAUUUAAUAGAGAUACUGUAUGGAUUGUAUAAAUUAUUUAUGUACAAUACUCUGAAACAUUUUUUUUACUGUGGUAUUUUUGCUAACUCAUAAAUAAUAAGUUUGCAAACUAUCAUUUUUUUCAUGCGAUUUAAAAAUAACAUUAUUAAAAUUUGUAAGGUGAUUUUGUUUUAAACAGUACUAAAAUACAAUUUUUUAAUAAAUAAUUGUUUA